AUGGGCGGCCUACCUCGACUGGUAGAUGGCGACCAAGCCCCCCACCACAAAGCCUUUUUUCUGUCUUUUUCUGUUAAGAAAUCUCCUCUUCUCUCCCUUCUCUUCACCCCCCAUUCUCUUGUUUUUCUAUACUCCUCACUCAACUCCCAUUCAUUCACCAUGUCCGCUGAAGAGCUUGACGUUUCCUUCGACUCGGCUGAUGCCGGUGCGUCGACCACCUUCCCUAUGCAGUGUUCCGCUCUGCGCAAGAACGGUCACGUCGUCAUUAAGGGUCGCCCUUGCAAGAUCAUCGACAUGUCCACCUCCAAGACUGGCAAGCACGGUCACGCCAAGGUUCACCUUGUCGCCACCGAUAUCUUCACCGGCAAGAAGCUUGAGGAUCUGUCUCCCUCCACCCACAACAUGGACGUUCCCCACGUCCUGCGUCGCGAGUACCAGCUUCUGGACAUCAGCAGCGAUGGUUUCCUCUCCCUGCUGACCGAUGACGGUGAUCUCAAGGACGAUGUUAAGGUCCCCGAGGAGGGAUCCGAUCUUUUCAAGAAGCUGAAGACCCUGCACGAUGAUGAAUCCAAGGACGUCAACGUUAUCGUCCAGACCGCCAUGGGUGAGGAGGCCGUCAUCGAUGCCAAGGAGGCUCCCAAGUCGGGUUAA